AUGGAACCAAGAAAUCAAACAAGUGUUUCAGAAUUUAUCCUCCUGGGGCUCUCAGAAGAGGAAGAUGUGCAGCGCCUCCUAUUUGGGGUUUUCCUGUUCAUGUAUCUGGUCACCUUCCUUGGAAAUCUUCUCAUCAUCCUGGCCAUUAUCACUGACUCCCAGCUCCAUACUCCCAUGUACUUUUUCCUCUCUAACUUCUCUUUCUCAGACAUCUGUUUCACCUCCACUACUGUACCAAAGAUGCUGCUGAAUAUGAAGGCACAAAGCAAAGCCAUCACUUAUGAAGGCUGCCUCAGCCAGAUGUAUUUUUACAUGGUUUUUGGACAAUUAGACAACUUUCUCUUGACAGUGAUGGCCUAUGACCGAUAUGUGGCCAUCUGUCACCCACUGCACUACAAGAUCAUCAUGAACUCCAAGCUGUGUGGUCUCUUACUUUUGAUAUCCUGGUUCUUGAGUAUUCUAGACUCUCUAUUACAUGGCUUAAUGAUUUUACAACUGUCUUUUUGUACAGAGUUAAAAAUUCCCCACUUUUUCUGUGAACUCAAUCAAGUAAUCCAACUUGCUUGUUCUAACACCUUCCUCAAUGAAAUAUUACUGUAUUUUGCAAAUGGACUUCUGGGUGUUAUUCCACUCAUUGGUAUCAUUUUGUCUUACUCCAAGAUUGUAUCUUCUAUUUUGAAAAUUUCAUCAGCUGAGGGCAAGUAUAAAGCAUUUUCCACUUGUGGGUCUCACCUCUCAGUAGUUUUCCUGUUCUAUGGUACAUUUCUUGGGGUCUAUCUUAGUUCUGCUGCUACCCAAAACUCCAGGGAAAGUGCAAUAGCCUCAGUGAUGUACACUGUGGUCACACCCAUGCUGAACCCCUUUAUCUACAGUCUUAGAAACAAGGACAUAAAGCAGGCCCUGAAAAAACUCUUCAGCUGA